AUGGUAUCCGAACCUGUGAAGUACCUCAGAUCAAUAAAGUAUGUCCGGGAAACUACCUCCCAAGUGUUCGAAUUCGCGCUUGACCGCAAUGCAGGCAAUUACUUCGAAAUGGAUCUUUCCAAAAUGCCGGAAGUCGCAGACUUCCUGUGCAACAUUGUUGGGCGCGACUAUGGCUCCGAUUUUGCCAAAAUUCCACCUCAUGGGCGUUGGCAACACCUGAACUACGGGUCUCAGCCACGCGUGGAGAACUUGACGCAGCAAUGGAUGGACGCGGGCGUCGACGAGAUCGAAAUUGCUCGCAAACUCAUUGAUUUGUUUGUCCUGAGUGUUCUUGUAGAUGCAGGCGCUGGAAACGUUUGGAAUUACACCAUUCCUGGCUCGUCAAAAGACUCGCAUUCCCCAGAGCGUGUGGGACGCUCUGAAGGCUUGGCGGUAGCUUCGUACUUCCUGUUUGUCGACGGCCAGUUUUCUAGCGAUUCCCAGGACUCUCACAAGGUGUGCGGCGCAGCAUUGCAGAACUUGAAGCACGAGGACUUUAUUAGCGGCUUUCAGAUCUCAGAAUCGAACCCUAUGGACGGAACCGAGGGUCGCUUGCAAUUGAUUCAGCGCUUGGGCAGCGCGCUGUGCUCCAAUGGCGACAUUUUUGGCCCUGAAGGACGGCCAGGGGGUCUUGUGGAUUUUCUGCACGCCAAAUCCCAAACUAAAGACGGCAAGUCGCAUGUCAUCGACCUUGAGGAUGUCUGGAACGCUCUCAUGACGGGUCUCAGCUCCAUUUGGCCUGCUGGCAGAGCCGUGGUUGAUGGUGAGCCCCUAGGCGACGUUUGGAAGCUUGACACCAAGGCUGACGCAGUUGCGAGCAACUACGACAAGUCCACUCCAACUGGGGUUCCUUCUGAUCUUGUGACUUUCCAUAAACUCACCCAGUGGUUGUGCUACUCCCUCUUGGUCCCUUUGGAACAAUACGGCUACCGGUUCACCAUCGAGCACAAGGAGCUACAGACCGGACUCCCAGAGUAUCGUAACGGUGGUUUAUUUUACGACUUCGGGGUGUUGAAGUUAAAACCCGAGGCGAUGGCCAAGGGGUUGCAGCUAUCGAAAGAGCUUGGAAAAACCAGUGGACUGCCCACUUUUGAGCCGCAGGACGGAGCUAUAGUCGAAUGGAGAUGUUUGACUAUUGGACUUUUAGACUACUUGCUUCCUAUUGUGAACAAAAAACUAGGCUACCAGCUUGGUUUGCCGCAGUUGAUUGAAGCCGGUUCUUGGAAAGCAGGACGUGAAAUUGCUGCCAAAAUGAGACCCAAGACUAGUGGACCACCCAUUGAGCUGCAUAGCGAUGGUACAGUCUUUUGA